AUGGACAGCGAAAAACCCGUCGUUUGUGUUCUUGAUGCUUCAACCUACGUGGGCUUCUGGAUUCUCAAAGGAUUGCUUGGUAGAGGUUUCACAGUCCACGCAGCCAUCCAGAAUAAUGGGGAAACAGAAAUUCAGAAGAGAAUUAGGGAGAUGGAGAAAGUAGAAGAGCGAUUGGAAGUGUUUGUUGUGGAUGUUUUGGACUACCAUAGCGUUCUUUUGGCUUUGAAGGGUUGCUCUGCUAUGUUCUGCUGUUUAGAUAGUUCAGAUGGAUAUGAAGAAAAAAUGGUGGAUUCGGAGGUGAGAGGAGCAAUUAAUGUUGUGGAAGCAUGUGCUCAGACAGAGACUGUGGAGAAGAUUGUGUUCACUUCUUCUUUGACUGCAGCAAUUUGGAGAGAGGACAUUUGUUCUGAGAAGGAUGUGGAUGAGAAAUCAUGGAGUGAUCAGGAAUUUUGCAGGAAAUUGAAGUUGUGGUAUGCCCUGGCAAAGACACUCUCUGAACAGGCUGCUUGGGCUUUAUCCAUGGACCGGAUGCUCAAGAUGGUUUCCAUAAAUUCUGGACUUGUCCUUGGGCCUAGUGUCGCCCAACAGAACCCUCGGACAACUAUGUCUUAUCUUAAUGGAGCGGCUCAAAUGUACGAAAACGGGGUGCUUGCAUUCGUCGACGUGAACUUUCUAGCCGAUAUUCAUAUUCGAGCUCUGGAGGAUGAGUCCGCAUGCGGGAGGUACUUCUGCUUUAAUAGAAUUGUGAAUACUGAGGAUGAAGCUGUUAAGCUUGCCGAGAGCUUAAGCCCUUUGAUAUCAUUGCCACCAAGGUAUGAAUACCAUGGGAGUGAGGUGCAUACCGAGCGAUUGAGGACCAAAAAGUUGAGCAAGUUGGUUGAGGGCGCUGCCUAUUAG